UAGCUGCAUCAACGUGCACGUCUCACUUGCGUAAUCCCUUCUUGCGUCCAACUUUUGUAUACUGUACAUACCAUUCAAUCCACACAGACAAGCAAAGGGCAAGGAUUGAGGUUGGUCGUCGUGUUGUCAUUUUGUCGUCUUUGUGUCUUCGCUGCGUUGUCACUGAGGCGCCGCGAAGUUCAACGAUCAUCGAUGGAGUUGCGGGGAACCGCUCUUGGAGCAGUUCCUUUUUGAGGGUCACCAGCAAAUUGUGUUAAUCUUCCACUUUGAGUCAUGCUUCUAUUUUGUGUCAUUCUUCCAUAUUGUGUCAUUCUUCCAGAUUACUUUUCCUGGUACUAAUUGCUACGUGUUUUUACGUAGAGCCUUCCAGAUUGUGUCUUUCUUCCAGAUUGUGUCAUCCUUCCAGAUUGUGUCAUUCUUCUCUUUUCAGUCAUUCUUCCAAAAGAAAACAGUUGGAACUGCCUGAUGAACAGGUAAAACAGGUAUUCCCGCAACUCCGAUCAAUCGAUUGUGAUUCGAAUCUGACUCGACUCGACUGAGUGACAGUCGAUUCGAUUGGAUCUUUCUCAAUAACGUGGUCGGUGAGGAUGUGACGACAAGCAGCGUCCUUUGUGCCUGGGUGACACACAACAAAGACCAAGCUCGACUUCUCAUUUCUUGACGGCAGCGGAGAUACUAAAUACCCAAGAGAUCAGGGAAGAUGGUCCAUUCCGACGCCAAUGCUGUUAUGGCCGCCCAUCACAAUAACUUGAGUGAAACCAUUCCACUGCUGCCACCUGCAGCACUUAGAACAGAACCCUUGAAUGGCAAUGGCAGUGGCAAUAAGAGCCAUGAAGAUCAAGAUGACAAGCACAAGGAGAAGGUUGACAUUAUGGAUCUGGAUUGGAUCGACCGUGACGCAGUGUACUUUGGCGUUCGAAUGACGCUUUGCAUCACAAUCGCAUCCUUUUUCAUCUUGCUGCGUUCGCCAGGAGACGAAUUCAUGCCGCAAGCAUUUUGGGUGGUAGUGACGGUACUGUUUGUGUGUUGGUUUCCUACCAGUUUGGAUGCGGCUUCGGUGGUGGAAAAGAGUCUGCAACGUCUUUAUGGAACCAUCAUUGGCGCUUUCUCGGGUAUUUCCUGCGGAUUCCUGUCCUUGCUCAUACUCUACAAGACACACGAUACCGAUCAAAUUCUGUAUGAGGAUGAACAGCAAGAUACCUCUUCUCAACAGCACCUGAAUUCAAGGGAUAAUUCCAACCCAGUGGGUCAAUCUGCCUUUUUGAUAGCUUGCAUCUCCAUCUACACGUUUGUGAUUUGUUGGGGAGCCCUGCAGUUCCAAGUCAAAGGCAAGAAGGGAGGCCCCAAAAUUAUCGCCAAGUACAACUACGCCUGCAUCCUCAGUCUGUUGACCUUCUACAUUAGCAUUUUGCCAUUCUACUCGGAAUCCGAACCCAAAUGGCGCAAGGCACGCUGGAGAGUCACCAAUGUCAUUGUGGGCUGCUUCAUUGGAGCGGGGUUGUCAGUGUCCAUAUUUCCAAGAUCCACAAAGACCAUCAUUCAACACAAAAUCAAAUUGCAACUUCAGUGGGCGGGAGAAGCUGCCGAAGCCGUACUGCACUAUGCUGCCGAUUCAUUCUCGGAAACUGCCUAUGUGGGAUCACCCCCUCAUGUUAGUCGAGUCCAAAAUCAUCCGCACAAUCUACAGAAAUCCAUUCGAGAACGACUCUCCGAUAAGUCACGACUCUGGAAACAACAGGACCACACCAACAACAACACGGCAAACACGGCAAACAACAACGAAAAUCACGCCGAAGUUGCACUUGCCAAAUACGAAUCUGCAAUCAACCAGUUUCGAAUCAUCAAGACACAACUCAACAACUUGACAUAUGAUCCCUUUCGAUUCUUUUCGUCUUCUUCCUCUUCCUCAUCCUCCAAUAACAAUAGCAGCAGCCUCGAAUUGCAACACUAUCGGACCCAUGUCAACAAUAUUCUCGCAAGAGCCCUACGCAUUCAAAACACUGUCGUACUACUCGAUGGCAUUGUACGAAACGAUCCAAAACACAACUUUAGUGCCACACACAUUAAUCAACUCGCGCGCAUUGGAACCUUGAUAAGAAUCAUGUUGACAACCACGACGACACAUCACCACGAUAACGACAACGACAAUGUAAAAAAUGAAGCCGCCUUUACCGAACUCAAGGCCGAACUCGUCAAGGUUCGAAAGCACAUUCUCGAAUUGGCAUCCGUCGUUGCCCAUUCGCCCAGAGAAAUGCCAGCCGAAGAUUACGGAGGACAGUUGGACAAGGGAAUGAUUGGACGAUCCAAUUUGGAUUUGACCACCAUGAUGAUGAUAUCAUCGCAGGAUGAUGACGACAAUGAUGAAGAACAAGAUGUCAGUAUGAACGACAUGGGAGGACGGGUGGCACCCAAACAUGUGCACGGGAGUCGCGUCUGUGCCCUCUUGUUCCUACAGCUCGUCGAACAUUUGGCGCUGCGGUCCAUUCGACUCUAUCAGUCAUGGAAACAGCAAUGUGAGGAGUGGCAACAAGAAUGAAAUGAAACAAUGUAUGCAUUUUAAAACACUAGCUUGUACCGUACUGUACUGUACGAUCGAUACGUGAAGUAGUCUGUAUAGUUCGAACGGUGA